GAAAAAAUAAAGAAAAAAAAUCUCCGAAACAAUUCUUUCAAAAGUUCUGUGUCUGCACGAAGCACUUUCCCUCUAUACACAAGAAAACCACAACGCAUUCUAACUUUGACUCUCUCACUUGUAGCUCCCGCUCUCUGCACAAAAUCCAUCGACACACCGUGCCUCUCCGGUGUUGAAGAGCAAGUGUUUUGUCCAAGUCCCUGCAAAAAAGGAUAUCGUUUUAACACUUAUUGCCGCUCAAGAGGUUUAAAGAGAAAUAGUUUUUGGAACCAAGAAGCAGAGAAAAAGCUAAGAAAUUUCCCCAUUUUGUCUAUCCGGAAGGCUGGCAAGAGGUAUCAUUCAAAUACGAUGGUGGCUCAAAAUGCACAUGCUGUUUUUUGGCUUUAUGUUCUUUAUUUAUUUAUCCAGCAUUAAUGUUUGAGAAAAAAAUUGAUUGACAAUAGGUAUUAUUCAAAGAUAAUGGUGGCUCAAACUUAGGAGUACGGAAUGUGCUCUUGACUGCUUUGUUUCAUAUUUGGUCCUUUAGUAUUUCCUUAAAAUUUCACAACAAAGCAUGGCAAAGACUGGUGGUGCGUUACCUGUGGUUUAACAAGAUUGUCAUUCUGUUAUUUAUACAAGAUGUUUUUAAAUUCUAAUAUGAUUCCUUCUUGGCAGAUCUGAUUGAUGUUUAGAUAGUGGAAACUUGGAAGCUAAUGGGGUUUUGUCAUGAGUGCUUGAUACUUUGUUUUUCCUUUCUUUCUAAUAUCUUUAGCAAACAGUCAUUAUUUAAUUGUAUAAUCACUUACUAUAGCAUAGACAUCGAAUUUUGUGAUGAUUCUUUUUUAUCUUUCAGCACUAAUACAUACUUCAAGUAGAAUUUUUUGAUUGCACCAGACACUAACCAAGCGAAGACUAGAGGCAUUUCUAGACAUACCAGCCAAAGAGAACUUUUGGAUGAAUGUAUCUUUAAUAGUAACUUAUUUCCUUUUCACAAGUAAUGACACACAUUUUACAUUGGGAGAGCCUACCUCAAUUAUACAUGUUAUUAUGCUCCUCAACUUUAGUAGUAUUAAUGUUAACUCUUAUUUGCCUUGGUUCUUACCUAAAUUAAUCAUAACUGAAAUGUUGACAAAAUCCUUCAAUUAUCUACCGCACAUAGAAAUUAUAAAAAAAAAUUAUUGGAAAAAUACAGCCCCUGAGGGCUCUGGGCAACCAUGUUAACUUCACACCAUGCAUUGCAUGGUGAUCCCCUCCUUGUCUAUCUCUAAGCAGAUAUAAUUUCUCCUUAUCGGACCCUCUCCAGUCUGUUGUUUGUGGUUUUCAUCGUCUGUUUUUUGCUUGUUUUGACGAGUAGACCUUUUUUUUUUUUUUGGUUAAAAAAAAAAUAGAGUUAGAACAGAGAAGAGCAAAUCCGGAUUGUGCACACCAAAUGUUGUUUUCUAUUUUUGAUAUAGGAGUUAUUAGUUUAUAUGGUUGCAUCCAAGCAACAGUAUCGGAUUGAUGUGGUUUCAUCUUGGUACUUGGAUUUAUGGGUUGUAACUGUUGAGUACAAGAAUGACGAAUUUGUCUGUAGUUUCUGUGGAUAUAACAAUUGUUUAGUUCAUAAACUGAAAUAUUUUUCUCAAUUGAAAUAUUGAAAGCAGAGGUAUGUUCAUAGUUGAGAACUUCCUUAAUUGCGAUACUUUGGGGGCCUUUUGAAUUGCUAAAGAUGUAGAGCAUGUUUAGCUUGCUAAAAGGUGUAUGCUUGUUUUGGGGACUUAAAGUUUGUCAGCCCUUAAACAGAGUGUAUACAUGAAGUGGAACUCCGCAUGCUUCCUCAUUCAAGGAAUUAUGUGAGUUUAGAAAUAAUUUUAUGCAAUUAUUUCUUCCACUUGAUCAGUGUUGCAGUUGUAAUUUUUCUUUUCCUAUUGUUGUUUAAUAAAGGUUCCAGUUUGAGGUAUGGCUCUUAUGUUGAUGCCAUAGUUGCUAAAUCUGAGGUGCAAAGAAUAUGUAUGUUCCUAUUGUAAGCAGGGUUCCUUUGGGUGUGAUCAUUUUUUAGAGGAAAUGGGAACUAUAACUGCUAAAUAUUUCCCAAUUUCCAUUGGACAGCUUAGCUAGUAAAAAAUUGCCAGAGUUUCAUAAUUCAGUUGUUGUGCCCCUGUAAAAGAUAUUUUAUAAAGCUGAUAGUACGUAGAUUUUGGUCUAGACUUUCAUAAUUUGGUUGUUACUCCAAGUUUUAACCAAUUAUAGUUUCUUUAAUAUUUAAGAGACGAAUGGGUAGGAUAUAAGAAACUUAAGCCCUAUAUAAUUCUCCCUUGCAACUUUAUAAGGUUGAAAAGCUAAAUACUGACUACAGUGAUAUUAAGGUAGGCUUGAGCGGAGUUUGAUUGCAGAAAAUGGGAGAGGGAUCAGGAGAGGAGGACAUGCCUAGAGAUGCAAAGAUCGUGAAAUCUCUACUAAAAUCAAUGGGUGUGGAAGACUAUGAGCCUCGUGUUAUCCACCAAUUCUUGGAACUUUGGUACAGGUACGUGGUGGAUGUGCUUACAGAUGCACAAAUUUACUCAGACCAUGCUGGCAAAUCUGUGAUCGAUUCUGAUGAUGUCAAGCUUGCCAUUCAGUCCAAAGUCAAUUUUAGCUUCUCACAACCUCCUCCACGUGAGGUCCUACUAGAGCUAGCUAGGAAUAGAAACAAGACCCCUCUACCAAAAUCAAUUGCCGGGCCUGGAAUUCCACUUCCUCCUGAACAGCAUACCCUAAUCAGUCCCAACUACCAAUUUGCUAUUACAAAGAAACAAAGCAAGGAAGCAGUUGAGGAAACAGAGGAUGAUGAAGAGGCUGCUGAUCCUAACCUUAACCCUUCUCAAGAGCAAAGAAUAGAUGCUUCACUAGGCGCCGCUCAGCGUGUAUCUUUUCCAAUUGGACCCAAACGAUCAAAAUGAGCAUUUUAAUCUCAAUGGCAGUUGCCAAAAAUCAUAUAGUGGUCGAUUGUAUGUUUGGGCUUAUAUAUAGUUCUGCUCGCUGCGAAGUUCCCAGGAAGAUUGACAUUUGUCAUCUCCAUUUCUUGACUCCUUUCUCAUAAGCUAGUCCUUUCUUGUAAGCUAGGAUUCAGUGGUUGGUUGUUUAACCUGUGGCUUUUAUGACCGUUGGUGAUGCAAUCCUGGGCAGUGUAAAAUUCGUCCCUAAAAUGAGACUCUGAAAAUGUUUUCAUACUGGGAGAAGACAAACUGGAGAAUUGUAUGUAUCCUGGAUGCACGAUUGUUUGUGUUCCUCGAAUGAUCCUUCUUUUAUUGUUACUAACACUCCAGUAAAUUUGCUCACA